AUGUCGCUGACACAGGAAGGGCUGUGGUUUGGUGCAGCGCGCCUCACUCUUCUUGCACAUGAAAAGAUGCAGAACGCGCAUCCUGCAGAAAAAAACCUCCAAGAAGAACCCCAGCACCUGCUGGAGCCACCCACUCUUUCUGGGUCACGACUUUUCGCCAUCGAGAGAGAGGUGAAACUGCUCCCUGCUUGUCCUGGAGUGGAUUCAUUUGCAGACAUGGGACUACCCUCCGAUGCGUCCGAAGAUUGCGGUUCUUCACAAAAAGUUAUUGGCCCCUUCUGCGGGUCAUAUCAGCUGUGGGUGCUCCUGGCAGUCGUCAGUGUGACUUUGGUCCUGUCACUGUGCUGGAAUAUUCUUUGCUGUUUUGCUAAUUAUUGCACAGACGGAGGGAAGAAAUUUCUGCCUCGCUUCAGGAGAAGUCUUAGUCUGAAGCUAAAGGACAUGGAGGACAACCCCAUUUAUGGAAACAUCAGCUACACCCAGACUAGAGUGGACCUUCCCUUGAAUGCCACUGCCAGUUCUGACCAUCAGGUGCCCAAAAGCUCUUCACAGGUGCAGUCUAGGCGGCAGGACUGCUAUGCCAAUCUGAAGCUGAAGGUCCCAAAGCCGGCGUCGGGUCGCAGCUCCCCGCAGGUCCAGUAUUCGGAUGUAGUGACCCUGCCGCGGGCGCAGGAGGCAGCAGAGUCCACCCCCGACGCAGACACCGCCUCCCUGCACUCCGACCUCUACGCCUCGGUUGAGUCUGAGCGGAACAAAGCCGUGGGCGACAACAAGGACUACGCCAACCACGUUUAGCUGGGGACAGACACCAGAAGCCACUCAUUGCCAGCCAUGGAGGGGAAAAAAAAACAAGGGAAGAACUCCAUUAAUAACUUCCUGCACUGUGGCAUUCCCAGGUGUUUUUACAGUUAGCUUCACUUCCACUGAGGACCUCAGGUCAAGGCACGGCCAUUAUUCAUGUAUAUCUGAAGAUUUGUUGUUAACGUCUACAAAUUAUAAACAGUGAUCCAAGACCUAGUUUUGGUCUGAGACAAACAGUCUGUAUAGAUGAUGGACUUCAGGGUUGAUCCAGGU